CAGAACGUGCAAGAAGGGACCCAAGCCACCUCACGGUAGAAAGAGAAAGCGGUACAAGUAAGGCAAAGUCUUUGAGGCGAACACCAGCGCUACCUCGGUCGGCGCAGAUUUCGGGGCUCUUCCCGCGGCACCCGAGUUCCCUCGAGUGGCCGGCGAGCACUCUCCUCUCUCAGGAACUCCGCCACCGGCCGCGCCGAGAGGACCUCUGACCUCCGAAGAAGGCCCCGCUCGGUGAUCCCGCCCCGACGGCUCAUGUCCGCGCUUCUGAUUGGUGAGUUCAAGGAUCCCUCAGUUUAGCGCGCCCAAUGGAAGCUCGGCCGGGGCCUGGGGACCCCGCCCCGUGCCCCGCGCCGGGGAGCGGACGAGAGUAAAUACAACAGGAGCGCAAAAUGGCGGAACCGCCGAACCCAGCUUACGGCGCCGCCGCCGUCCUCUCCGAGAAGGAAGCGUUCGGCAAGCUGCAGCCCGCCGCGCGGGAGCCGCCGGGCUCUGGGUCCGCCAAGAAGGUUCGGACCGAGGAGAAGAAGGCGCCGCGGAGAGUGAACGGGGAAGGGGGCAGCGGCGGGAACGGCAGGCAGCUGCAGCCGCCCGCCGCCCCGCCGCCCCAGAGCUACGGUGGGUGCCGCGGGGGAGGGGACGCCGAGGUCGGGGUUUCCGGCGCUGCGGGACGUAGCUCGCCGAGGGGAUCGGACGUGAGCGCGGCAUUCACAUCUGCGACGCAGCCUCCGACACCCGAACAUCCUGCCCCUAAAAAGAGAAAAGAGCGGUGGUGGGUGCACUGGCACGCGGGAAGCUGGCGGCACCGGCACGCUUCGGCCCUAUUAGGGAAACGAGAUAAAAUCAAAGACAAAAUUAAAGAGAAAGACAAAGAAAAAGAAAAAGAAAAAAAGAAGUAUAAAGUAAUGAGUGAGAUCAAGAAAGAAAAUGGAGAUGUAAAGAUUUUGCUGAAAAGUGGGAAGGAGAAACCAAAAACAAGUGUAGAAGACUUACAAAUUAAAAAAGUAAAGAAGAAAAAGAAAAAGAAACACAAAGAGAAUGAAAAACGAAAGCGUCCAAAAAUGUAUAGCAAGUCUAUUCAGACCAUCUGUUCAGGAUUGCUGUCUGAUGCUGAAGAUCGGGAAGCCAGAGGCAUCUUAAAUGAUAACAUAAAGGAUUACAUUGGAAAGCAUUUGGAUUCCAAGAACCGUGAUUCUAAAAUUCCUGAUGACAGUGAAUUGCCAUUUGUCUCAUUAAAGGAACCACGAGUUCAGAAGAACCUUAAAAGGUUGGACACUUUGGAGUUCAAGCAGCUCCUUCAUAUUGAACACCAGCCUAAUGGAGGUGCGUCGGUCAUCCACGCCUACAGUGACGAGCUCUCCUGCCUGUCUCCUGUGGAGAUGCAGAGAUUUGCCGAAGAAUUUGUGGGUUUAGUGUUCAGUGAAAACGAAAGUUCUGCGGCUUUCUAUGUAAUGGGUAUUGUUCAUGGGGCAGCUACUUACUUACCUGACUUUCUAGACUACUUUUCAUAUAAUUUUCCCAAUUCACCAGUGAAAAUGGAGAUAUUGGGAAAGAAAGAUAUAGAGACAACGACUAUGUCCAAUUUUCAUGCUCAGGUAAAAAGAACAUAUUCUCAUGGUACUUACAGAGCUGGCCCCAUGCGACAGAUAAGCUUGGUGGGAGCCGUUGAUGAAGAAGUGGGAGAUUUCUUCCCUGAGUUCCUUGACAUGUUGGAGGAAUCACCAUUUUUAAAAUGUACAUUGCCGUGGGGAACACUAUCUAGUCUAAAGUUAGAGAGUCGGAAAGACAGUGAUGACGGUCCCAUCAUGUGGGUGCGUCCAGGAGAACAAAUGAUCCCUGUGGCUGACAUGCCAAAGUCACCCUUCAAAAGGAAAAGAACUACCAAUGAAAUAAAAAACCUGCAGUAUCUACCUCGGACCAGUGAGCCUCGGGAGAUGCUGUUUGAAGACAGGACGAGAGCCCAUGCGGAUCACAUAGGACAAGGCUUUGAGCGACAGACUACAGCUGCUGUCGGAGUGCUGAAGGCUGUGCACUGUGGACAGCGGCCUGACCAGCCCCGAAUAACCAAAGAUGUAAUCUGUUUUCAUGCAGAAGACUUCUUAGAAGUAGUUCAACGAAUGCAGUUAGAUUUACAUGAGCCUCCCCUGUCCCAGUGUGUCCAGUGGGUUGAUGAUGCAAAACUUAAUCAGUUGAGGAGAGAAGGCAUUCGCUAUGCCAGGAUUCAGCUGUAUGAUAAUGACAUUUAUUUUAUUCCGAGGAAUGUUGUUCAUCAGUUCAAGACAGUUUCUGCUGUAUGCAGUUUGGCAUGGCAUGUUCGACUUAAGUUAUAUCACGCAGAGGAGGACACCUGUCACAGUGCAGUUACUCAUGAAACAUGUGUAUCAUCCGCUUCCACAUCAUCAGUCCUCGGACCUCACACUGACAACAUAAUUUGUGCUGUGAACCAAACCUCAUCAGAUUCUGUGUUUUCAGACAAACUUCAUCCUAAGUACGAAUUACAACAGACUAAACAUGAACCUAUUGCGUCUACAAGAAUCAAGGAAGAACCUGUGAAAGUUAAUAUACCUGAAAAGACUAGACCACUGAAUAAUACAGAAGGCAAGAACGUCAAGACAAAGUUGGAGCGUGUUCAGUUUUCAGAUUUUCAGAUUAUCAUGGAUUCUAAAUUUGAAAAUAGUAACAAAGACUUCAAGGAAGAAUUGUGUCCUGGAAGUCUCAUUAAUAUAGCAGAUACAAGGCAACAUAGUUCUGUACAUUCAAAUCAAGAUAAAAACGAUGAUGACAAUUUGUGCUAAAUUUGUACAUUGCAUUUAAAAUUCUUUUUAAAAAAUAAUUUGUAAUAAUGAUUCAUGAAAUCUGAAAGCAAGCCUAGGAACUGCUCUCAAGUCUGUUACAAAGUCUAGUUUAUGUAGCCGUGUGACACUCCUCAGUGCCUGUCCACAGCUGUCCACAGCUGUGAAGUAGUAAGCACUUAGGGCCCGGGCACUGUGAUCCUUGCAGGUUAAGUGGGAAGGAGUCUGUAGAAAAGUCAUGGCAGUUGGAGUUUUAGGUUUUAGAAUGGAGCUGACAAAAUCAUUAUAAAUAUAUUUUUUGUAAUAUGAGCCAGAGUUCUUUUUUCACAAUUUAAGGUUUUUUCAUAGAGCUUAUUUAUACCGACCUUUUUUUUUUUCAUUUUAAAUGUGUCAGCACUGUAGUGUAAAUAGCUUUAAAAAAUCUUUUUAGUGUGAUUUAUAUUGAAAUGUGAGCCACUUAAUAAAGGUUCAUAAUAAUAAAUGCUUCCUGUUGAGUUUGCAAAAACAAA